UGAAAGAGUGAGAAGGAGAAGAACAAGAUUUUUGAAUUAAUUAAUUCACUUAUUUUUUAUGUUUUAUCUUUUUCUGUAGAAAAUUAAUAACACGUGUUAUAUAUUUUCUUGAUUAAUUAAUUCGAGAGAUUUUUGGGACACGCACGGUUUAUUUUAUCUUUUCUUGAUUUAGGGAAAACAGAAAUUCAACAGUUCCAAAUUCAAUUGAAAAAUAAAAAAUGGGUAAUCACCAUGGGCGUCACUCAAACCCUGGCCACCGACACCAGACAAAUCGUCCUCAUCCGUACAAUCACGGGCAACAACCUGUAAAUUCAGCUCCGGCAAUUUCAACCCCGAUUGCGAAUCCCGACAUGGGCCUGCGCUUGCCUUAUGGACAUGUGGAUUCCUGCUUACGGGCCCUGGCUGGGCAAGCUGAGGGCUUCGGGCGUUUCGCCGUCGGCGGCCUAAACGGAGCCGUUUAUUGUGUCACCACGCUGGCCGAUGAUGGGCCGGGCUCUCUUCGUGAUGCGUGCCGUAAAAAUGAACCUCUGUGGAUCAUAUUUGAUGUUUCGGGCACCAUUGAGCUCUCGUCUUACCUUAGCGUUUCCUCUUACAAGACAAUUGACGGGCGUGGUCAAAGGGUCAAACUCACCGGGAAAGGUCUGAGGCUGAAAGAGUGUGAACAUGUGAUUAUCUGCAAUUUAAUUUUCGAAGGGGGUAGAGGACACGAUGUUGAUGGCAUCCAAAUAAAACCGAAUUCGAGUCAUAUAUGGAUAGAUCGUUGCAGCCUAAGCGAUUACGAUGAUGGGCUGAUUGAUAUCACUCGAGGGAGCACAGAUAUUACCAUUUCUCGGUGUUACUUUGCGAACCAUGACAAAACAAUGCUUAUUGGAGCCGACCCUUCGCACACAGGUGAUAGAUGCAUGCGUCUAACAAUUCACCAUUGUUUUUUUGACGGGACUCGGCAGAGGCAACCGAGGGUCAGAUUCGGGAAAGUACAUUUGUAUAAUAACUACACUCGAAAUUGGGGAAUUUAUGCUGUUUGUGCCAGUGUCGAGUCACAGAUAUAUUCACAGUGCAACAUAUAUGAAGCGGGCCAAAAGAAGGUGGCCUUUAAGUAUUACACGGAAAAGGCUUCUGACAAGGAUUCCGAGUGUACUGGCAUCGUUAAAUCGGAAGGCGACUUAUUCGUAAGUGGGACCCAACACGGCUUAAUGUCCCUUUCGACUGAGACUUGCAUUUUCCACCCGAGCGAAUAUUACGAGACGUGGACAGUCGAGGCUCCUACUGAUGAGCUCAAGCAUUUUCUACAACACUGCACAGGUUGGCAAAAUAUUCAAAGGCCAGCUGAUUUACCAAUUUCUUAAUUUCUUCGAAGAAAUGAACAAAAACAAUAUUGUAUUUACUAUUUACCAAUACCACUUGUUUCGGGUUUGUAAUUACCGAAUAAUUUUCAAAAGAAUCGAAAAAGAAAAUACCACGGGACGAAUUUGUUGUUUUCGAACACAGUUAGUUAAAGUGUGUCGUGUGUAUAAUGUCAUAAUGUGCUGUGCUAUAAUAAGCUUCAUGUUUCCAGUUUUGAAUAUUGUCUGGUAAGACACAAUUUAUGUCUCUCUUGG